AUGCCCAAAAGGAAGAAUGCUGCCAAGCGGCAGCAAGCCGCAGCCGCAGCCGCGGACGCCACCCCUGCCGCGGGCACCGCCGCCGCGGCUGCCGGUGGUUCCACACCGGCGGCAGCAGAGGAGCCCCAGGCAUCGCAGCGCCGACAAGCAGAGGCCGCGGAGGAUGCCGCAUCAGAUGCGGAGCAGGAAGAGGCGGCAGCAUCAGCAUCAGCGGGGGCACGGCUGCAAGGCGCGGCAGUGGUGGCCGCCUUGCUGCUCCUUGUGUACAGCCACCAUGCGGCGGUGCGGCUGCUGUCCCCACAGACGGGAGAGUGGCUUGCGGCCUCAUUCUGCAGCCUGGCGCUCUUCGCUGUCGCCGCCGUGGCUGCUGUGGCGGGGCACACCACAGAACAGAUGAUGGCUGCGCUGCGCACCGUCGCGGCGCGGCAGGCCGGCGGCGGCAGUGCGAGCGGCGGCAGCGUGGCGGCUGCGGCCGGCUGGGCUGGCGCGGCCCUCGCGGCGCUGCUGCUGGCAGCGCGCUGGCGUGGAGGCUCGCUGAUAGGCCUCGCUGGUAGCUGGCUGCUGGCCCCGGGGCUUGCAGACGACUCCACUCUGCGCAUCAGCGAUGCCGAGCUGACUCUGCGAUGCAUGGCGCUGGCGGCAGCCACCUGCGGCCCGCUCUUCGCCUCGCUGGCCUUUGCGGCGGGGGCAGGUGCCUGCGCCGCCACCCGGGCCGACCUCUCCUCCCGGCGCCGCCUGCUGCUGCUGCUGCUGCUGCUGACGGGCGCAGCGGGCGCGGCGAUGGUGCGAGGCCUCCCGCCCGGGCUGGUGCCGCCUCGGCCCGCGGGCACGCUGCCCGCUGCCAUUGCAGUGGCAGCGGCGGCAGUGACUGCGGCCCUCCUGCCCAGCGCCUUUCCAGACCCUCCUGAGGAUCAGGCUGCUGCCGCUGGCGGUCCCCGGCAGCACAAGCACAAGGGGCGGUGCGCCGCUGGCACCAGCCAGCGCAGCCGCAGGCAGGCGGGGCUCAGUUGGCGGCACGGAGCUGCUGCCAUGGCGGCGGUGGCGGCGGCAGCCGCGGGGCAGCUGGCGCUGGGCCGCCCCUGCGCGGCGCCCCGGGAGGUGGAGGGCGGGCGGUACCGCGUGCUGUGGCAGUACCGCCUGCUGCGCAUGGACCACAGCGUGCUGGGUGGCGAGUACAUGGCGCCCGCUGACGUGGCGGGACAGACCAUCUACACAGCCUUCUACCUGCAGCAGGCGGCAGUGCUGCUGCGCCCCAACGGCACCCGCUCGCUGCACGUCGGCCUGGGCGUGGGCACAGCCGUCAAGGGCAUGCAGCGGCUGGGCGUGGCGGCAGAUUCCAUGGAGCUUCACCCCGAGGUCCUGCAAGCCGCCGCCAGCUUCUUUGCCCUGCGGCCCGGCCUGCACGGCGGGCGGGCGCUGGUGGGGGAUGCUGCGCAGCUGGUGCCGCGGCUGCGCCUGGAGGGAGGCGCGGGUCGGUACGACUACAUCCUCCACGACGUGUUCAGCGGCGGCGGCGCGGCGGGCGCGCUGAUGGUGCCCCCCUUCUACCGCCAGCUCAGCCGCCUGCUGGCGCCAGGUGGCGUGGCCGCCGUCAACUUCUACGGCGGCAAGGGGCAGGGCCUCAAGCAGGCCUGGUGCCGCCUGCGCCUGGUCUUCGACUCAGUGCGCGCUUUCUCAGAUGUGGAGCGGGCACGUGUGCGCAACCACGUGUUGUUUGCCUCGCGCGCCGACUUGGGCGCCGUCAACCUGACCUGGGCGGUACAGGCGGUACAACAGGCGGCACAACAGGCGGCGGGCGACAGCGGGGCGGCAGAGGCGGUGGACCCGCUGCAGCUGCGGGUGUGGGCUGCCCUGCCUGGCCAGGAAGUGAAGCUGAUGUAUGACCGACAGCGGUGCCAGCAGAUGCUGGCCUGGCACGACGGGCUGCCAGCAGGGCGGCCCGGCGGCGGCGGCAGCCAGCCACGGGGCCAGCCGCGCGGCCAGCCGCGCGGCCAGCCGCCGCGGCUGUGGCGGGCGGCCAAGGAGGCCCGGGAGCGGCACGCCCUGGCCACCGCACACUGGGUGGUGGCGCGCACCCAGUUUGCAGACUCGCUCUGGCUGUCGUGA